CAACUAUUUCAUCAUGCUUUUUGGGCCUUAGAACGAGGGCGACAGAAGGGAUUGAUCCAGUAAUUGUUUCAGAUCAACGAGCGCGUUUCACUUCAUGAUCAGAUCUUUUGGUGUAGACCUAUCAAACUAAAGCUUUAUUGUACUUAAUUCGGUGUCUAGCAGAGGAUUUAAUCAAAAGUUAGAAAAGGAGCAAGAGUACAUAGUCUACAAGCUGUCUAAAAUGGAGUUUGUGGGUAUGAAAUCCAUCAAAAAGAACCCGUCUAUCGACAUGGAUGACAAGUGCACUGACUGGGUGGCCACAGAGAAGGUCCAUGGUUCGAGUUACCAGUUCUACACCAGCGACGGAAACACAGUCAUCGCCGGCAGCCGACGAUACCCUUUGGAAGACAAAGGCUCAUUUCUCAAGUGCAAUACAGCUGAGUUCAAGGAAAGGUAUGUUGAAUGCGUUAAGAAAGUAUUCCAAAUCAUCAGCUCAGACGAGCGUUGGGAGGAAUACAAGGAAUGGGGAAAGAAAGAAGACAAUGAUGACGACGAUGCAGAGGAAAACGUCGAAGAAGAGGCAGCUGGAGACGAAGAGAGAGACGACGAAGAAAAUUCUGAAACAGUAGAUAACCCCACAAAAUCUGACUGUGAAAGCAGUGAACUCAAGAACAAGUCAAAUGAUAUCGAGCUGAGAAUAUACGGCGAGCUGUACGGAGGGGGCGGAGUCGAAUUAGAAUUUAUGUAUGCAGCUAUUCAAAAAGAAAUCAUUUAUUCUGAUGAGUACCGCUUCUACGUUUUCGGAAUCAACGUCAACCGAAACUGGCUUUCCGUUGUCCAAUUGGGCGAUCUGUGCAGGGAAGUGGGAUUUCCAUACUUCGCUGUUCCAGUUACUGAGCCCAAAGCUACUCUGGAGGAACUGAAAGACUGGCUUAAAGACACUGGAUUCAUGAACAGCAGAUCCUCCCUCACAGAACGCACUGAUGAUUACAAGACGAAUAUCGAAGGUGUGGUGAUGACUCCGCUGACCAGACCCGACUUUGGCUUACACGCCGUCAAAUACUUGUCGACUGCUUUCGUUGACGUUAAACAAAGAAAGGAUAAAGCGCCAAACUACUGCACCAAAGCAAGAUACAACAGUGUACUGAGCAAACUGGACAUCCCUGAACGACAGCAAACAGACAUGGUGAUAGAGAUGUUCAUCGCUGACAUUCUCAAAGAAAGCGGCGCGAAAGAAAGCUCCAACAACGAAACGAAGUCUUGGACUAAAUCUGUAAGAAUGUGGCUAAUGCAAGAUGGUUACCUCGAGCCAACAAACAAGUUCGAAGUUGCCAUGGUGGAGAAGGUGAGACAAGGGAAGCCAUCAAGAAAAGAUAGGGAACUUGCCAAUUUAAAAAUGAGAGAAUCGAAGGCACAGGAGAAAGAGGUAGACGUUGAAGAAGAUGACGAUGACGAAGAUGACGAUGCCUUGAUGGAUGGAGUUAUGGGACUUUUUGGGGAUUAACAAAUGCAUUCUCCUUAGAAACUAAUGAAAUUUGAUCAAAUGACCCUAUAGGGACCUCAACUUUUGUUUUGUACCUGUAUUAAGAGGCAAUAAUAAUAUAAUUGAAGGGAAUUUCUAUUCAUGCAAUACCGGUAGAUCUAAUAAUGUUAAUCGUAAAUUAGAUGUAUAUGAAAUCAAUUGUUGUAAUAUCAUUUGUGAUUGAAGGGAAUUUCUACUCCCAACUUCUGCACUCCACCCCCAUCUCAACCCCUUCCCCAUAAACACAUCGUCAUAUUACAUCCACUACCACGCAUACUCAGACGUACACACACAUUACACAAACGCUGAUUGACAAACAAAAUAUUAUUUCACUCUUUCCCUCAGUUCUUCACACAUAAAUACACACACACUUACACGUACUCAAUCGAUCGCAUGCGCGCACAUACACAUACA